UGUACACGUACAAGUGUUAGUUCCUCAGCUCAAACCAGUCUGCUUAUUAAUGAGUUACGAUUAACUUGCUCUAGGACAACACCUCUGAUUGAUAACUCAUUGGAGACAUUGGAUUAUAGUAAACAUCAUUAACAGGUGCUGAAUUCUCCUGACUGACUGCAGGCUGAAGAGGCUGUAUUUAUGGCUCAGUAUGACCAACUCGAGGACAAAGAUUCGCUGGAUAUUCAUGAUAACCCUCCAGCUCCAGACAAUGUUGUAAAGGAGGACGACAACACUGUUUACUUUGUGUAUGAUGAAGAGAUGGAGGAAGAAGAGGCCCCUCCUCCUCCGACCCCUGAGCCUGUAGUUCAGGUCAAUGACAGACCACACAAAUUUAAGGACCACUACUGCAAGAAACCCAAGUUUUGUGACGUCUGUGCACGAAUGAUUGUUCGUAAGUUCACAUUUCAAUCAAAUCUAAACACUCCCCAACAACAAGAAACAGUUUUAUGUGUGGUUGUGUGUCUUCCCUAUAGAAAGCAAGAUGGAGACAAGAAAGACAAAACAGCAGCAGAUGACAAGAACAAGAAGCAGCAGCAGACGUUCAGUCAGUCUCACUGUUAUAUGGCUUUGUAUCGCUUUAAAGCCAUCGAGAAAGAUGACCUGGACUUCCAUCCAGGAGAUCGCAUCACAGUGCUGGAUGACUCCAAUGAGGAGUGGUGGAGGGGUAAGAUUGGGGAGAAGACAGGAUACUUGCCCAUUAAUUACAUCAUCAGGGUGCGAGCCGGUGAGAGGGUGUAUAAAGUGACACGCUCCUUUGUUGGAAACAGAGAGAUGGGCCAGAUUACCCUGAAGAAAGAUCAGAUUGUGGUGAAGAAAGGAGAGGAGGUGAAUGGAUAUCUGAAGGUCAGCACUGGCCGCAAACUGGGCUUCUUCCCUGCCAACCUGCUACAGGAGAUCUGAAUGAAGGAGUUUUCAUCCUGAAGAAAAUACAUAAAGCAGAAGAAUGGACGGAGAAAGAGGAAUAAAUAAACAAGGCAUGACAAGAAAGACAACAAUAUCUGACCUCACUGUCACUUUGACAGGAAUAUGAACGUGUGCAUGUACACGGGGUCUAAAUUUAACACUCACCAAGCACUAUAUAUGAAUACAAAAGAUCUUUACUCAGAAGGUAAAAACACAGGUGCUCACCCGUUGACCAGUCAUUUUAUCAGGAACAUAAUGCAUGAAUUCAGACUGUAAGAAUGAUAGUCUAAUCCUAGCUGAGCGACAUACAAACCGUUAUCUGAAGAAAACAUCUAUCACAUCACUACAUUUUAUUUACAAAAGGUUUGUUUUCUCUAGAACUCAUUGUGGCAAUACUUACAUUGACAUCUGAGAUUAGCCAGUCUCCAUGAUUUUGUUUUUGGACGCUUAAUGUGAUCAGUGGUUUUUAUCCCUGUUCCUGGAGCCCCCUCAACAGCAGACAUUUUACAUUUCUACCUAGAACAGGGUUGAAAACCACUGUCAUAGGUUAUAUGAUUAAAUGACAACAUAAUGAUCUGCUUCUGAUGAAUAUUUUUGAGAGUUUUAGUCAUUUCUGUGAGGGCAAAUCUCAAUGCUACACCAUACAAUGACCUUCUAGAGAAUUGUGAGCUUGUUGGAACAGCUUGCGAAACAGACUUUUCUGCAUUAGCAUUAGUUCCUCUAAACAAAGUGAGUCACUAAUGAAAUGCUUUACUGGGGUGUGAAAGAACUUGAGUGCUGAAGCCUGCUGAACACCUUUGAGUCAUUCUGGAAGUACACAUUUCUCUAGAAUUGUGACAUAGCAUUGGAAUGGAUGGAAUAGCCAACCCUCUCAAUUAUAUACUUUCAUUGCUCUGAAUGUCUGGAAGAAAUUGGCAUAAUGGGUGAAACUGCUUUAACACAUUUAAGGUCCCCCUAAAGGCCAAAUGGGAUAAUUGUGUAAAUAUUCCUGGCUCAAGCUAAAUGGUUGAAUUUGUCAAAUAAUAGGUAUGUCCUUGUUCAGUUUGCGAACCAAUGUUUUUGGGGUGUGUAUCAAGGAGGCAUACAGUACAGUGUCUAUUCAUUAGCAUUCUCAUCCAUCUCCGUGACAGGUGCUCAACUGGACACAAUCAUAAAUGUAAUGUGAGUUAUCAACUUAAGAAUGAACAUAUAAACAUAAAUCUAUUAUAUUUUAGUCUAGCUCUCAGAAAAUAAAUAGAAAUUACAGUUGUGUAUUAUAGUAGAUGUAGAGUUUAUAUUCCUUGCAAAUGGUAAAAAAAAAAAAAAAAGACAACCUGAUUAGCCAUUUGGUUAUCAUAUGAGUGUGCAUAAAAUAUGCACCAAGAUGUAGCAAGAAAGGAAAUGUUAAGUUUUAAUUUCUCAUAAUGACAAUGUAUCUUUCCUGUCAAUAAAAAACUAA